CAUAUGUAUGUGUUGAUAGAAGUGGAUUUUGAAAAUUUUUGAAAAAUGGCUUUAAAUUCGGAUAGUAUUUUCGAUGAUAUUUGUAAAAUUGAUAAUGACAAUGGUGAUGGUGAUAAUGAAGAUAAAAAUGAAAUAAAAACAAUGUUAAAACAGAUACGUAUUAUAAAAACAUUUCCAGGCGUUUCUGAACGUUAUUAUCAAUAUGAUAUUUAUACGAAAAGUAAAGAUGGAUAUAAUUAUGAUCAAAUUGUUUUACAACAUUCAAAUCGCAUUGCAGUCAUUUGUCUAUCACCAUUACAUGAUAUAAUCUCAAUGAAAAAAUCAAUUAAAAAUAUUGAUUUUUUUGGUAAUAAUAAACAUGUAAAUAGGCUUGAUAAUAAAGUAAAGGGAAAAGGAAAAAAGGGAGCACAAAUGGUUGGCCAAGAAUCGAUUCUUUGUACAAUUCAUUGUCAAGAUGGUACGACAUAUCCAAUAAGAUCUUGUUUACGUGGUAAAAUUAUUGAAAUUAAUAAAUGUUUAGUUAAUGAACCAUCAUUAAUAGUCGAAAAGCCUUUAACCGAUGGAUAUAUAGCAAUUAUAUUGCCACCAUUUAAAUAAAUAAUGAAUUUUGUUUUGUUUCGUUUUUUUCAUUGAAUUAAAAUCAUUUUAAAAGAAAUUU